UCGUGCAUGAAUUAUUAGGCGAGCGUACCUGAUUGAUUGGUUCCUUGAGGGUGAGGCUCUCCCGCCUCCUUGACCAAUGGCCCGAUCAGGAGAUCACCAUUAUUAAGUCCGGUGAGAGAUAAAGAGACAGCAGUGAUGUCUUGGAUGCCCUCCAACCGGCCAUUUCGCUUCGUAGGACCAGCAUCAGAUCUCGAACGUGUUUCGCGCUCGAGAUCUCUCGCCUCCUCGUCUCGUGAAGACCCAGCGGGUAAUCGCUAGGACGGGCUCGCUCUGGGCCGGGCUCAAAGCCUGGGAAUUUUUUGAAAUCCCAAGAUCCUUUCCUUCCUAUAAAUAACGCCGUCGUUCUCCCUCCGGCGUCCGUCUGAUCGACCUCCAUAUUUGCCAUUUCCGUGCGCCCUCAUGUCUUCCGCAAUUCCCCAUUUCGUCCGCCUAGGGUUCGAGAAACCCCGAAGAUUCUUCUCUUCUCCGACCGCGACUAGAUCACUGAUCUCCUCCCCCGUUUUUCGAUUCGGUCCUCCUCGGUCCGGUGGAUUCAAAUUCGGCCUUGGGAGAUGCAGCCUUAAGCGAUUUUCCGUUCCCAUGGCGACGUUUGAUGAGAAUUCGUUGGUUGUUUCCACGGUUAUUGAAGAGAGUAAUGGGAUUUGUGGAGGGAUGUCUUCGAGCAUGCCAUCUCCGAGUGAUGGUGAGGAUCGCGAUACCGAGUUACUCGUUUAUCCUUCUGUGGAUGUAGACUUGCCAAUAAACAAGGAUCGUGUGGAAGCACCUGAUCCUUCUUUAGCAGUUACGGGCCACCAUGUUGCAACCCUUCAACAAGGACGCAAGAGAAGAAGAAUUCAAACAGGAAUCUUGAUUAAUAUGGGUUUGAUAGCCUUCUCAGCUGUUUUCCUUUUAUUCUUCGACUGGUGUUCAUGGCGGAUCAUUAGACAACCCUUAAAGCCUUUUCUUUUGAUGCAUCCUUUCACAUUAUCAGCAUUUCUAUCAGCAUUUGCUGGAUAUUUAUAUGUCCCAAUAGUUGAUGGGAUGAAGAUUCAUCAGAUCCUUAGGAAAGAAGGGCCUACUACACACUCCUCUAAAAGGGGAACGCCGACAAUGGGUGGACUAUUUUUCAUUCCUAUUGGUGUUUUUGUUGCUAGAGUCAUAGCUGGCGGCAAUUCCAUUCAACUUGAUGGAGCAGCUGUAGCAACUUUUGCAUUUGCAAUAAUUGGGCUGCUUGAUGACCUUUUGAGUUGCAUCAAGAGUCAUAACUAUGGAUUGCCAGGUUGGGUAAAACUAAGUUUACAGGUAGCUGUUGGGACAUGGUUUUCUUUUUGGUUGGACUCAUCUAGUAUAUCGACACCAUACAACAUGAAAUGGUUGGUACCUCUUCCUCCACCAUUUGGCCUUGUGUGUCUGGGAAAAUUCUAUCUGAUUUUGACAGCAUUCUGUUUUGCUGCAAUGGGGAAUGGCGUUAACCUGACUGAUGGACUUGAUGGCUUGGCUGGAGGGUCUGCUGCAUUGGCAUUUGUAGCGAUGUCAGUUACCGUUCUUGCUAUAUGUCCUGAGCUUGCUGUUUUUGGAGCAUCAAUGGCUGGAGCUUGUAUAGGAUUUCUGUUUCACAAUGGGUACAAAGCUUCCAUAUUUAUGGGUGACACUGGGUCCCUGGCAUUGGGUGGAGCACUUGCUGCAAUGGCUGCAUGCACAGGAAUGUUUUUCCCAUUGUUCAUUGCUUCUGGUAUAUUUGUCAUGGAAGUUUUGUCAGUCAUCAUACAGGUUCUUAGUGUGAAGAUCACCAAAAGGUUGUAUGGGACUAGCAGACGCGUCUUUCGAAUGGCCCCUGUGCACCAUCACUUCGAAUUAUGUGGUUUGAAAGAACCCAUCAUCGUUGCAAGUGCAUAUGUUAUAUCAUACAUCUUGGCCAUGCUUGCUGGAUAUAUUGGUCUAAUUUCAGCUUGAAUUCCAGUCCGUGCUGCUCUUUCAUGCUACCUACAUUUCCGAGGUUCCAAUUGCCAAAAAGUCCUUUUUUGAUAUACCAAAUGGUUGUGCUUGAUAGGCAGGUUUUAGUUCUAUGUAGGUGGCUUUGGUUCUAAAAAGAAAGUGGUGUGGGUGGUGUGGCUGCAAUGAGUGAUGCCACCAAAGUUGGAAGGUUUUACUGAAUGGUUGGUAAUGGAUAUAGCUGAAGUAUCUUUUUCAGACUUGAAAGGGUAUAUUUCUUAUAAAAAAAAGGAAGGGUAAAUUGGAGGGCGAGGGCUUGCAAUGCAUAGAUGGCCAGACUAGAGUAGUUUGAAAAGAAACCAAAUACAGUUAAGCUUGAUUUCUUGCAUGUCUUGGAUCCAAAGUUGAGAAUCACUCAGAAUCUUUGGUUAGUUCUGGAUCUCGUUCAUUUAUGAUCAGCCACAAGUGUAGGGCAUGAUGCAUCAAGAGAGAAGCGUGGAUGGUUGGGAUGUACCUGCUUAAUUGAACUUCAUUCUAUUAUGUACAUCACUAUUAUUUCUCAAAAAUAUAUAUUCACUGUGAUAACUCA